AUGUCUGACAUUCCGCUCGACGUGCGGAAAGCGUCUCCACGAAGUGAAUGGAACGGAGUGUGCUUCUUCGCAUACUUCAGAAACCGAGUGUGCCUCCUUGCAACAAAAGCAGCAUCAGCAGCAGCAGCUAUGGCAAACGCGGCAGUGGAAAACGACCUCACUUGCUCCAUCUGCCUCGACCUCUUCGACUGCCCGACCACGCUGAGCUGUGGACACUCGUUCUGCCUCCAGUGCCUGGAGAACGCGUGUAAAUCGGCGGAGCUCUUCACCUGCCCACAGUGCAGAGCUCCGUACGUGCAGUUGCCCCACCUGAGCAAGAAUGUGGCGCUAGCCAGCCUGGUGGAGACAUUGAGUGGCCAGGCUGCAGCGGCACUGGCGAACGGUGAUGAUAAGAGCCCGAGUGUCGUUGACUCAGGCACGAUCGAAUCACUCGGAAAGCAUGGAAAGUGCAGGAGGUGCGAGAAGCACGGAAAGCCCGUCCAGAUGUUUUGCACUCUGGACCACGCGCUUAUCUGUACAGCCUGCACCGUGGAGGGAGAGCACAGAAGCCACAACGUCAUCACGUUGGAACGGGAGCAAGAGGCGAGAAAGGAGUCACUGAAAGAGAAUAUAACCUCCGUGAUGAAGAAGGAGAAAGAGGCAGCAUCUCAACUUUACGCGUUGAGAGAAACCUACAGGGAUGUCCAGGAAUCCACAAAAAAUAACAAGGCUAAGAUCUCGAGUAAGUACACGUGGCAAAGAAAACUUUUGGACGAGGAAGAAAGGGCAGCCCUUCAGCAACUGGAAGACAACGGCGCAUUGCUACUCUCCAAAAUUCAAAACAACAUCAAUUCCUUCGAGAGAGAGCUCCAAGCACUCCAACAGUCCAAACAGAAGCUGAAGGAGCUGUUGUUUGUGAAGGACCCACUCGACUUCUUGCAGAACUCAUUCCACAAUGAAAUUAGAAUUUACAUUGACCAAAAGAGUGAGACCCUUCUCCCUCCAGCACCGAUGCAGCAAGACAACAGCAAGUUCCGCUCACUGGAAGACGUAAUUAACAAAAGACUUAGGUCUUUCCUGACCACUGGGUAUGGACGCGGUCCGACACUGAACUCGAGCACUGCCCACUCGCACCUCAAGCUCUCGGCUGACCUCCGCACGGCUAAGCGGGUGAUAGAUUCCCAACGCUAUGCCGCGCACCCCAGUCGCUUCGAUUGCUGGUUGCAGGUGCUGUGCUCGCAGGCGUUCUCUUCUGGGCGACACUACUGGGAGGUGGAUGUUGGAGGCUCAGAUUUUUUCUUCGUCGGUGUUGCGUAUGAAACGAUCCCUCGCAAGGGCCACUGGCAGGAUAAUGCACUGGGAGGCUCAAAGAGCUCUUGGGUUGUGGGGAGAAGGGGAGUGAAUUACAUUGCCGCGCACGGGGACAUUUUCUAUAAGAUAGCGGUCCGCAGUCAUCUGAAGAGGAUCGGGGUUUACCUGGACUGGGAGUCGGGGCUGCUAUCAUUUUACAACACAGACACCAUGGAUCGACUGCACUUGUUUUCCUACAAAUUUGUUCAACCACUUCUUCCCGGGUUGUAUGUGGGUGCUGGGCAAUUGACAAUACACGGGCUGCCCUGAUGGAAAGGAGUCACAUCUCUCAUUGUGUGGGAACAUACCGGGACAAAAAAAUUGUGCGGGCUGAGAAACCGUUUUUCAAACAACACACAAAAAAACGUGUAAUACACCCUUGGCAUUUGUACAUUUUGAAAAACCCAUCGGCAGUUCAUUAAGAAGCACAUUGUGGUCUUCCUGUCUCAGAUCAUCAUCAAAUAAUAAUUUGAAUAAAUGUAACCGACUGACCAGCAGCAGUGAUGCCGAGAUGCACACUGUAGACGUAUUUUAUCCUUAUUAGUUUUUUGGAGUUUUAGUUACUGUAUUUUUCUUGUCUUGGGAUUAAUUUCCGUGAAAGGUACUGUACAAGCAGGAUUUUAUUAUAAUUAGUGGGGAAAAUGGUGUUCUAUUCAUUCUCUUCGGUUGAUGUAUGUGUAUGUGCUUAUGCAUAUGUAUCCAAUAAAAUAAAAUAUCCACGUAUUAUG